GGCGAUUGAACGCAGCUUGGUGCUCUGAGCGUGUGAGUGCGUCGCGAGGCAAAUUACUAAAUGGGCAUCCGCGCUGCGGCCGUUCGCGAGCGAAUUGCAAAUGUCCGAGGCGCGUCCGCGCCGCGAUGACCACUGACGCGUGUCCGCCGCUAAGGUGAGCCGCCGAUCCGCAUCCCCAAACAAGCGCAUCGUCCGUCCGCCGACGGCGCGCUCCGGAGUGCACACACGCAGUGCGUGCGCGAUUGGUGUGUAACAUGUUUUGCAGCGUCCGGCCGCGGAUGCACCUCGACGCCGCCGCCGCUUAGGUGAAGACACUAAAAAUCGCGCGUGGCGUGAUAUGUGUGUGGAGUACAUGCGCGCAGCGCGAGGCCAUCUUCACACGGGGCGCACGGACGACGCACAUUUGCAGACGCCCGAUGAAUUAGAAAUGGGAUGGCUGUGCUAGUGCGAUCGCGAAGAGGGACAGCACGUGUCACAACUCGCAAUGGACCCGGUCGGACCAUGGUCAGCGUACGCGUAUAACCGGCUCUCGGGCGUGCAGGGCGGCACGCCAAGUGGCAGCGAGCUGCACCAUCACCUCGCCGGUGCCGGCAACGCGCCGCCCACGACGAGCGCCACACCGCAGUUGUUACCUGGUAGUUUUCUGCCGGCGCCGCCUGGCUACGAAAGCGUUUUCAGUCCGCUUUUUCAUAACGCCGUCGCUAAGCCAACCACACACUACAUCACUCAGCAGCAGCGGCAGGCAAUCGCGCAGGCACAGGCGCAAGCCGUCGCCGCCAAGCAAACCGCCGAUGGCGACUUCCACAAUGCACAGGCCUUUUUUGAUCAGAACUCGGGCGCGUGGCAGCAGAACAGCCCGUUUGGGGUUUUGCCGCACGAGAGCGUCGUUUCCACAACAAUCGCGAAGAGUUAUGAAAACUUUAACGCGCAUUUCGCUGCGCAGAGCAUUAAUCACUUAAAUUCUCUGGCGGCGGCUAAAAAUGCAGCUGCUAGGAAUCAAUCUGCACAGGCUUCUGUAACGAAAAGUCAGUUUUAUCAAGCCCCGACGACGACAUACUCAAACGCCGAAUCUUCAUCGUCUAGUAAUAAAUCCUACGCGAAUUCACAGACGAAUUCACCAAACAUUCAACAGACAUGUAUUGUCAGCACGUCGCAUCCUUCGCCAAACGCCAACUCGAAAGAGUACCGCGUGCCGCAACCACCGCAACGCUCCGCUGCUUUCCAAGUGGCGAACACUGCACGUGGUCCGCAAUCGGCGAAGCAAUCAGCGGCUGCACCUCAGAUACAAACCAAGGCGCAGACGAAAAUCUACGAUAUCGGCACGGCGCAAAGCGACCGCCGAUCUGCGCCGCCUCCACCCAACGAAGACUCCAAUUUACAACAACAGAGCGUGAUAAGUUUUUCCAUCAUGGACGGACAGCGCCUCAACUACAACAAUUCAAACGCGAAACGGAAUUUUCAAGGCAAUUUCAGGCAAUAUCAACAAGGUAUCAAUACCGAUCCGGAUUUUCAACGCUCAUCGAAUAAUUCCAACGGCCCCGACUGUAAUGUGGUCGUACCACGACGACCUAGCCCCCUGCAAGCGCAUUCACAGGCUUCUCCUCUGGGACACGCCUCCAGUCCUGCGUAUCCGUUGUACAAUAGUCCGAUGAAUUCAAACUCGCAGAUCUCCAGCCCGCAGACGAAUCAGGCCACUUCAAGUCCAUUGGAUGUGACUGUGCCGCGACCGGGUACUGCGCAGAUUCCUUCCGGAGCGUAUCCUAGUGUAAUUACGCGCGCGCUUAAUGCGGAACGUGUGCCCGAACGCUUUGAGCGACCCGGUGCGCCUGCCAAUAAUCAAAACUGCUGGGACGAGCAACGCCGCAAGUACAAUUAUCAAACCGGGAAUAGUAUAGAGAUUCCGUCGCGACAAAUCGACGUGCCUAAUCGUUCCGAACCACCCCAGCGUAAUCUCAUUGGCAUUCCCGAACGCCAGCAGCCGUAUUUCGAAGCGGGUCACCAAGUGACCUUGCAGGAUCUGUCAAGUUGUCGGGGUGACCCGAUGAGUAUCGUCAAAAACCUACAGCAACAACAACAGCAAUGUCAAAUACCACAAAUUGAGGUAAAGCCAGAGAGUAGUAAAAAGCGGCGGAAAAGUACUGAAAAAGUGCAACCACCGCCUGAACAACUACCUGGUCGGAUACCACCGCCUGCGCAUAGCUCGGCGAUAAACCCACAAGCACCACAAAAUGGCGCGUAUUUUGAUUUCGACCGGUGGAAUCUUCCAACGCCGCCGGCGAAGAUUUUUACGUCGCAGGGGAUCCAACAGCAUCAGCCAUUGAUGGUCCCGCAUAUACACUCUGCGCAUACACAAGGCCUGCCGUACUUUCCACCUUUUCACAUCGCGCCACCAUCGGAGUAUCAGUCUGUUGAACUGACACCGCUCACGAACUACAACGAGCAGAAUCAAAACCAUGCGCAGGCGGCACCGCCACCAAACGCGCAAUAUCAGCAUCCGCCCGACGAUCAAGACCAGGUGAAGGUGGUGGUACCAAAUAUCGAGGAAGAAUUGAAUUUCCUCAAUGAUGCAACACCGCCAACGCCUCGACCGCCGCAGGUGCUGCAAAGCAAAGCAAUAAAUUCACCAGUGCCCGGCAAGCCCGACUCGAAAAUGCCCAACAAGGGCAAGGAGGGCUUCAUCAACAGCUAUCUCAAGUUCUUGCAGGGAGAACGCGACCAUUCACCGCCGCCGGUGACGAAAGGACGUAAAUCCAAUUGGAAUCGUAGUAAUAAACACACGCCGGAUGCGAACGCUGCCGGCAGACAGGAAAUGAAUGGCGCGUCGGCGUCAGCUACGCUGCCAACUGGUCCACAUAGCCAUCCGCAUGCCCAUCAGCAUUCAGCGAUUACGCCGCACGCUGUAAAAUUGACGCACGGCGAUCCGCAAGACGAUCCCCGAUACUUUCCCUUACCCAAAGUGCGCAAGCAGUGCGCGUUCGACAGCUCCGACGACGGCCUCUCGUCCGACGACGAGUUCUUUGACAUGGGCAUCGGCGGCGCUCACGCGCCCUCCAGGGGUGACAAACACGCACGCCGCAAGCACAAGAAAGAGCGCAAACGUCGCCCGUACAAGAAACGCGCCAAGUCGAUCGACCUAGAACCACCCCUCAAUGAAAUGGAUAUUCCACGUCGUGAGUUAACAAAACGCGCAGCCAAGGAUAGAAUAAACCCGAAUUCGAUGAAAGAUGAAGAUGGCGGCUUAGACGAACAGCAAGAUUUCCCUGAUUCCGAUUCGGAUCCAGCAUGGACGCCUGCAGAGCGACCUGUGGGCGAAGAAGAAGAACCAGUGAAGCGCAAACGCGGCCGACCGCCAUUCAAAAACAAAUCACCACGUAAUUUGAUCUCUGCGGCGGCGCACGACGCCGGCAUCUCUGUGAUGGAUAGUCAGGGGACGAAAGUUGCGCUUACCAUGGAGGACAAUCUGGCUACGGCUGUCGCUAAGCAAGAAUACGCGAUAAGCAAUUCCAGUAUUGACGGCGCGUUUAAACCCGGCGAGUUUCUCGCGUUGAAAACGGAGUUGAAUCUGCAAUGGCCGCCGGCGCUGUGGCGCAUCGACGGGAAGAAUCUCCUACAGAAAUACGAAUCUUUCGAUGAGAAUGGCAUACGGUUAUAUAAAAAUAUAUCAACUUAUUCUUCUUUAAUGGCGGAUAGUAAACACAUGUACGUGCCGGUGCCUGUCAAGUUCCGCAUGCAGAAUCAGCUGGAAACAGUGGUGGAAUUUCUGCGGAACGAGCUGGUUAUCUACGAUCAAGAGGUGCUAGAGAAAUCAAUCAAAUCUCAUGAAGUGUAUCAGGAUAAUUUCGAGGUGUACAUACAGACCUUGAUAUCGCAAGCGUUGGAUUGCAAUUUUUUGAAGGAAAUAUUUCAUGAAAAAGAUGAUUAUUUUCUGACGAAUGUAAAAAUGAUCGACGAUCUCACCAUGAGCAAAAAGAACAAGUUGGUGUAUUGCUUCCGGUGGCCGAUGCAAUUACUAAGCGUGAUUGGCACAUGGCCAUGUUUCAAUACAUACACGGAUUGUGUGGAUGCAAUGGGAAAGCGGUGUGCGGCAUGCGACGCGCCUGGCGCUUCUGUACGGCUGAUAUUUUUCGGUCAGCCGUAUAACGAUGUCACGCUUGAGAUGUGUCCACCAGAUAUCAAUGCACCAAACGAAAAGGAUUUUAUGAUGUGUCGGAUAUGUUCUAAACGCGUCGAACUCUACAACAAAAUCGCGCAUCAAAAGUAUCUCAUGUACUUGGAAUGUGCGCGACGCGUGCAGGACAAACGCGUCAAGGAAGGCCAGAAGGACACCACGUGCAUCUUAAAUGAACUCCUCGCUGAUGAGCGAUGGUUAGGACAGCUAUUUUUAUAUGUGAGAAAAUACUGGGGCGAAGUGGACUGCAUCGAGCACCUGUUCCUGCAGCGGCCGCAGUUGAUUCAGUGAUAAAAGACUUGAAACGUGAGCACCAGAAGCAACCUAGACACAUAGACGUAACUUUGUAUCAACACUAUUCAAGCGUAGGUCAUACUAAGAGGUCAUACCGCAAAACUGUACAUAACAAUACUGAAAGGAGAUUUAAAUGUUAUAUUCUACGAUCCUAAUUUUAGCGUCGUUUAUUUUGCGUGCGUGCAAAACAAAAGAAGCAAAUCGUGUACAUAUAGAUAUAUAUAUGAUGAGUAAGAAGACACAAAAUUAAAUUUAACACAUUUGUAAAAAGUCGAAGUCGAAGAUAUUGCGGAGGAGGAGUUUUAUACAUACUGUAAAAAUUGAUAUGGUACUCGCGCGGAGUUAUGUAAUUCAUUUUUGCCAUAAGUUUUAUUGAUAUCUAACUAUAAGGAUAGUUACGUAUUACGGAUUACGCAUACACGAGAACACAAAGGCAAACAAACACACACAAAACCUGCGUUUUCUUCUUCAGUUUUAAGUUUAAUUUCUUGUAAAAUCUCUCUGUACAUACAUUAAUUUUAUUAUUAUCGAUUGUAAUGAGUACUCUUAACAACAAUAUUAUAUUCUAAUUAUACAUUUGCCAAUAAGCGAGCGAGAAUGAUGAUACACAAGAGAUUGAAAGCUAAUCGCGUUGAGUAUGAUGAUCAUGCAGAUGAUGAAUGAAAUUAUUGUUUGUUUUUAUAUUGUUCUUGCUUUACGGACGCGACGUUGAAUCAAAAAAUGAUAUUAAGUAGAAGUUUUAUAUAAAGUGGAGCAUUUGUUGUUGUUUUUUAUUUUAUUAUUGCUUUGGUGGCAAAGAAACGAUAACAAACUGAAAUAACAAUAGAAAUCUCAGACAUA